UUAUUAUUUUUCUCAAAACCCAAUCCUUCGAGCCAAAAAAUAAAUAAAAUAAAAAUUCGUCAAGUCAUUUUUUUAUCCCCCUCCCUUAAAAUUUAAAGUAAUCGAAAACAAAUAAAUACUACUUAGGUGUGAAUACUCUUAUGAUUAAUUACAAUCUUGGUGAAUAUGACCCUCCCUUUUUAAAGCUCCCUCCUAUUGACUUGAUUCCUUAUUGCCAUCUCGUUGUCAAGAAACUCCCUCUCUCUCUCUCUCUCUGACAAUUUGAAGCAGUGUCUGUAAAAGAAGGAAUUUUUGGGCAAUUCUUUGUUUGAGCUUUACGCAGCAUUGCAGAGUCUUAACCCUCCAAAUGGGCAGGCAUUCUUGCUGCUAUAAGCAGAAGCUUAGAAAAGGCCUCUGGUCUCCCGAGGAAGAUGAGAAACUCAUUAAACACAUCACUAAAUUCGGCCAUGGCUGCUGGAGCUCUGUCCCUAAACUUGCUGGCCUCCAACGCUGCGGGAAGAGCUGCCGCCUGCGGUGGAUAAAUUACCUGAGGCCUGAUUUGAAAAGAGGCACAUUUUCUCAAGAGGAAGAGAAUUUGAUCAUUGAGCUGCAUGCAGUUCUUGGCAACCGGUGGUCGCAGAUUGCGGCGCAGCUGCCGGGGAGGACCGACAACGAGAUCAAGAAUCUGUGGAACUCGUCGAUCAAGAAGAAGCUGAGGCAGAGGGGGAUUGAUCCCAGCACCCACAAGCCCCUCUCGGAGCUCGACGGCGAGGAUAAGGCCUCCGCCGCCAGCAGCAGCAAGAACGGCGACAAGAACUCCGAGGGCGGCUCCAGCGAGCUCAGCUUCGCCGACAACGCCGCCGACAAGCCCAGGCUCGACUAUCCGAUGAUGGAUGGCGCCGCGUCGAAUUCCACGCAGCACGAGUUCUUCCUCAACCGAUUGGUCGCCUCCAGCCACGAGAGCUCCGCUUCCGCCGCCGCCGCCGCCAGCUGCAAGCCCUCCGAUUUGUCCGGAUUCCUCUCCUUCCAGCAGCUCAACUACGGCGGCGGGGGGCCUAACAUCGGCCUCUCGAUGAACCCCAACGCCGGCCUCUUCUUCAAUUCGAGCUCCAAGCCGUCGGAAAACAUCAUCUCCGAUCACUUCGGAGCCGCCAACGUGGCGGCGCCGCCUCUCCUCCCCGCCGCAAACCGAAUUAGCAACAACAACAACAACUCCGUCUCCCCCUUCAGCGUCAAAUUCGAGAACUGGGACGGCGGCGGGGCGGGGCGGGGCGGCGGCGACUGCGGCUUCUUCGAGAACAACGCCUUCGCGUGGGCGGCGGCGGAAUGCGGCAAGUCGGAGAAGGAGGCGGCGCACGGGAUGCCGGAGGAGAUCAAGUGGUCCGAGUAUAUGCAGACUCCAUUCUUGCUGGGGAAUUCCAUCCACAACCCCGGCGCGGCGCAGGAUUUGUACGCGUCGCCGGCGAAGAUGCCGGCGCAGUUCGCGGCGGAGGGGUGGCAGCAGCAGCAGGUUGCGGCGGCGGAGAUGUACAGCAAGCAUUUUCAAGCUGCCGCAUUUGGACAGUAUUCUUAAUUAGUUGGCAAAGGCUGCUAAUUCGAUCAUCUUCUUCAACAGGUGUGUGCUUAUAGAGUUUUCAAUCUGUAAAUAGGGACCAUAUAGAGAAUUUCUGAGCUCCUUGAUACCGACAUUUUUCGAUUUUAAAAAGGUUACGUUUUUCUCUGCUUUUUUUUUUCCCAACUUCUGUUAGAAUUUGUGAUAGCCAUGAGUCUUGUAUUUAUUGUUUCUUCUCCCAUUAAUUCUUCUAUUCUAUACAUUUUUACGUGAGCUUGCAAAUAGCUUGUUUGUUUAAUUACUUCA